AUGGAUUCUUUAACUCGGACUCUGGCCGCUAUUUUGAUAACAGUGCAUGCAUUUACUGUUGCUAAACGUAUGAAUGGAUUUCAGUUAUAUGUGACCAAUACAUCAAACAUUCCGCCUGAUGGUUAUCUUUGUUAUGCAGAUGGAGAUCCUGGAUUUCCAAACAUCACUCAGACAAUACCUUGUAGUCAACUAGGGAAAUAUGUCAUUUAUUACGAUGAAUUGGGAUCAGAUGAAGGCAGUUCGAUCCCAGGACCAAUUGUUGAAUUGUGUUACAACGAGACAAAAGGUGCUGUUCAUUCCCUAGACUGUAUAGCACUUGAGAUGACUGACGGUUUCUGGGGAAUUUUGGGAGGUUGUCCAAAGGGUUAUUGGGGAAGCGACUGCCACAAAUAUUGUCCUAAAAAUUGUGUAGAGCAACAUUGCUACCUUGAAAAUGGUUCUUGCGUCUUG